CACUUUAUUUUAGAAUCGAUAGAAACAAAUAAAAUAAAAUUCUCAGUUUACGUUACACAAUUAUGGCAAAUAUUUCUACAGUCAAGAAGAUAUUGCAAGUAUCUGAGGAGGCUGCUCCAGCCGUGCAGAUGCCGAUUGUUAUUGGUAAUGAUAUAUUUGUGUUAACACAACAGGACAUACGUCGCAUCGAAGACAUACGCUUAAUGAGUUACAAUCGCAUAACUCAAAAUAAUACACUGGGACCCUCACACUAUUUUCUUGAUCAUAAUUUGAUGUCAGAGGGUCAAUGCUGCACUCUCCAGGAUUUAAUUUCCCACUGUCAAAAACAAAAAGCAAAUGCAUCGCAGGCUGAAGAAAUACAGACGACCUGCCCCCAAUUGCCAUAUUCCUCGUCUGCGUCACCGCUUCGCUAUAGUUGCUCUACUUCAACAAGUGACCUGCAGAGGUUCGUCUUGAAGCAUUACAAAGGCAACCAGUGUUUCACAAAAUUGAAGCCUUGUCACAUAGCUUGUCAGACGAGCUCUGCAUGCGUAUCCAAAAUACUGGGAAUGAAGACUGCAAGUAAAAGUUCAACCGAAUGCAACCCCAUAGCUACCCGCAUCGUUAGCCUAUCGGCUGAUUCUCCACGGAAGCGUAAAUAUAAACAUAUGUCUCCGACGACGACAGCGCUUCAGUUUGAUGAACAGAAUACAAGAUACAGUGAUCACACUAUGAAUAUAAAUAUGGAGGACUUUAGUAAUGAGCAGGAAGAGCUUGAAUGUGACAAAGAACGUAUGCGCAAGCAGCGAAUAUCUUUACAAAGCAACAUUGGGCAGUGCAAGCAUCAAUAACCAUAAACAAAACAGCCCAACUAAAACAAAAAUGUUUUUAUUAAUUGAUUUGCAUUUAUUCAAAAGAACACCUUAAAAAAUUC